AGGAAGUAGAGAAACUCAAAGCUCUUCUGCUUUCAAAACGCAAUCAUAAAACAUUUACUGAAGAAAUCCGCGUGUGUGUAAAGAUCGCAGGAAUAAUCUGUUCUAAGACGAAGAAAAGUGUUUUGGAGAUUGUGUUUUCGUGUAGAUCAGAUCAGAUCUGACAGGGUUUGUAUGUGAGUGAUUGCAAGGACCCGUUAUGAGCCGUCCACCCUCAAUGCAGCCGCAGAUGUGCGGCCCCUGGGAACUGAAGGAGCGACUGGGAACCGGAGGCUUCGGGAAUGUCACUCUCUGGCAAAAUAAGGAAAGUGCCAAUCAGAUCGCUAUCAAACAGUGCCGGCAGGAGCUCAGCCCCAAGAAUAAGGGCAGAUGGAGUUUAGAGAUUCAGAUCAUGAAGAGGUUGAAUCACAUGAAUGUGGUGGCGGCGAGAGACGUUCCAGAAGAGCUCCAGAAACUGGCCACAAAUGACCUGCCAUUGCUGGCCAUGGAGUACUGCCAGGGAGGAGACCUGCGCAAGUAUCUGAACCUGCUUGAGAACUGCUGUGGCAUGAGAGAAGCUGCUGUACUGACACUGAUUCAAGAUAUAUCCUCAGCACUGACGUACCUCCACGGGAUGAGGAUUAUUCACAGAGACCUCAAACCAGAAAACAUCGUCCUUCAACAGGGAGAAAAACGGUUGGUUCAUAAGAUCAUAGAUCUGGGUUACGCUAAAGAGCUGGACCAGAGCAGCCUGUGCACAUCGUUUGUUGGGACGCUGCAAUAUUUGGCCCCUGAGCUGUUAGAACAGCAGAAGUACACGGUGGCGGUGGAUUACUGGAGUUUUGGGACGCUGGUGUUUGAGUGCAUCACAGGAUUCAGGCCUUUUCUACCAACCUGGCAACCCGUGCAAUGGCACAGCAAGCUGUUGCAGAAACAAGUGGAUGAUAUUGUGGUUUACGAGGAUCUGACGGGAGAAGUUCGAUUCUCCAAACACCUCCCGAACCCUCACAACCUCAACAAACUGUUAGCUGGUGAACUGGAGAGCUGGCUACAAAUGAUGCUAAGAUGGUCACCUAAAGAGCGGGGCAAAGAUUUAAGAAAGCGGAGCCACGACAGUCAGGACGGGGUCAAAGACUCGGAAGAGGACAGUAAAGAAGGCAGCUCAGAGGGGAGCAAAGACUCUCCGAAAGCUUCCUGUUUCUGCUUCGAUGAAUUAAGCCGAAUUCUGAAUCUAAAGCUGGUCCAUGUGCUCAACAUGACCUCUGCUGAAAUAUUCACCUAUUCGGUGCAACCGCAGGAGGACGUGGCAUCCCUGCAGGAGCGAAUCGCGCAGGACGCUCGCAUUCCUCCGGCCAAUCAGGAGCUGCUGCUGGAGGCGGGGCUUGCGCUCGAGCCGCACAACAGCGUCACGCAGUGUGCAAUCGAUUAUAGCGUAUCUGGUGAACUGGAGAGCUGGCUACAAAUGAUGCUAAGAUGGUCACCUAAAGAGCGGGGCAAAGAUUUAAGAAAGCGGAGCCACGACAGUCAGGACGGGGUCAAAGACUCGGAAGAGGACAGUAAAGAAGGCAGCUCAGAGGGGAGCAAAGACUCUCCGAAAGCUUCCUGUUUCUGCUUCGAUGAAUUAAGCCGAAUUCUGAAUCUAAAGCUGGUCCAUGUGCUCAACAUGACCUCUGCUGAAAUAUUCACCUAUUCGGUGCAACCGCAGGAGGACGUGGCAUCCCUGCAGGAGCGAAUCGCGCAGGACGCUCGCAUUCCUCCGGCCAAUCAGGAGCUGCUGCUGGAGGCGGGGCUUGCGCUCGAGCCGCACAACAGCGUCACGCAGUGUGCAAUCGAUUAUAGCUGUGACGCAGAGAACGAGCCCAAGCGCUUGCUGCCCUACAGCUCCCAGAGACGCACGUGGGGUCAAGUGUGGCACACCAUCCGCGCGCUGAAGGAGGACUGGCAGAGACUGCAGCAAGGCCAGAAAGUCGCCAUCAUGAGUCUCCUCAGACACAACGGCACGCUGUCAAAGCAGAAGAACGAGAUGGUGUCGAUGCACCAGAGGUUAAAAGCCACGCUGGAGUUCUUCAGCACCAGUCUGCACAUCGACAUCGACAAAUACCAGGAGCAGAGAGCGACGGGCAUCGCCUCUGAAAAAUUAUUGAGUGUCUGGAGAGAAAUGGAGCAAACCGCCCUGGACUGUGGACAGACAGAAGACGUGAAUAAGCUGGAGGAGGAGAUGAUGACCCUUCAGACUGAUAUCGUGGACCUGCAGAGACAGCCGUGGAGGAGUGGAGAGGCUUUAGAGACGCUCGAGGUGAAGGCCAUGGAGCUCUUCCGUAAACUGAGAGAGAAACCCAGAGAGCAGCGCAGUAUGGGCGACUGUCAAGAAGUGAUCAAACUUGUGGUUCAGGCCGUGCAGUUCUACGAGAGGAAGUUACGGGACUUUUACACACACCUGAGUAAGACGAUGGUGUGCCGUCAGAGAGUUCUGGAGCUGCUGCCGCGUGUGGAGGGGAUGGUGAGUGCGAUGGCCCGCAGCGAGAAACAGCUGCAGCACCUGCAGGAGAAGAGACAGAAGGAGCUGUGGAACCUGCUCAAAGUGGCCUGUAGUAAGGUUCGUAGUCCAGUGAGCGGCAGUCCAGACGGAGGACGAACCCCGCCGGCCCCUGCACACCCGCUGAUGUCCCACAGACCGUCCGACGUACCGCAGGCAGACGAGUCUCUGCUUGUGAUUGAGGAGAGCAAGAUGUUUGAGAGCCGCCUGCAGAGUUUAGUGCAAGACACCAUUGAGGAAACAGAGACCAGCAUGCAGAUACUGAGAGAGUGGAAGUGGUUGAACGGGGGGCAGGAUUUGGCUUGAUCCUGAGGAUACACAGGUUACCAGUGAGUGUUUGUCAAAAAGCGAACAAACAUGAAGCUGUUCUGCCAGCAGCUGGCGGAAACACCAUACUGCAGGCAGUGUGUGCUGACAAUUCAUUCCUGUGAAAUCACACUCCAUUCCUGUGAAAUCACACUCCAGUCAUUUACUCAAUGCAUUUCUUACUUUUAAGAGGUUAUAAACCCUUAAAUAUAGUUUUUUAAUCAUUUAUGUUAAUGUUAAGAAUUCUUGCAUCAGAAUACUUGACCGUUUUCCAGCCUUUCUGAUGUUUUCUAUGCAAAUUCACAUUUUGUGCACAUGUAAUAGUGUAGUAUAUAUGUUGUUGGCUCCAUGACAAAUAGCUUGUGCUGUACCUCAUUUGUAAGUCGCUUUGGAUAAAAGCAUCUGCUUAUUGAAUAAAUGAAAAUAUAAAUCCAUCCUAAUUCCUUAUUACCUCACUGUGACUAGACAGACCAAGUGUCUGAUCACUCAGUAGGUGUCAGUGUAUAAAUGUGGACAUUUGUUGUUGUUUUCAUCCUUUAUGAUGCUAUGAAGAUUUCAUGACAAAAAGGAAACCUGUCUAGAUCACACACAUGAGCAUGUGAACUUAUGUAAAGUAGUUUCAUUAAGGGAAAUUAUUUUUAUAUGCUGAGAAAAAAUAGCAUUUUUUUCUUUGGUACACAGAAAAGUUUUUUUUUUA